UAAGUUGUCGUCUACCAAUUGAGUAAAUAGGAAUAGGCGAAACUUCAAUUCUUUCUGAUAGCUGCUUAUAUCUUCUAAACCAUUUUGUUAUAUUUCUGUAGAUCUUCACGAAGUUACUACUACAACCUAAAACCUCGAUCGAUAGCAACCUCAAACAUGAUCUUGUUAGACUUCAAGUUCCACGAAUGGCAAUGGCAGUACCAGAUUUCGACAACUUUCUUUGUGUUUGGAAUUGUUCCCUUUGUCUUCUGGGUUUAUGCCCGCUACAUCACAGCUUCACCUAACAAGUACAACAAACUUGAAGAACCAGUCAAGCUUUCGGUUCCUAUUCCUGCCGAGGCCAAACCCCACUGGAAGGGCAAGAGAUUGUACCCUCCAAACUUGACUAUCAGAGCAGCUAAUGAGCCAACAAAGAUUCAGAGUUACUGUCCUGCAACUGGCCAGUACUUGGGAACUUUCACAGCUACAACCAGAGACGAAAUGAACCAACAAAUAGCCAACGCUAAAGUGGCGCAGAAGGAGUGGAAAGCCUCCAGCUUCUCGUUGAGAAGACAAGUGUUGAAAACAUUAAGCAGAUUCAUUCUCGACAACCAAGAAGACAUCGCAAGAAUUGCAUGUCGAGACAGUGGAAAAACGAAACUCGACGCUCUGAUGGGUGAAAUUAUGGUAACCUUAGAAAAGCUCAAAUGGAUCAUUGCCCAUGGUGAAAGAGUUUUGAGGCCUUCGCAACGUCCAGGACCUUCAAAUUUAUUGAUCGGAAUGAUGAAAAAUGGAGAAGUCAGAUACGAACCAUUAGGGGUUGUAGCUGCUCUUGUUUCAUGGAAUUAUCCCUUUCACAAUCUCAUGGGUCCGAUCAUCGCGGCCUUGUUUACUGGAAAUGCAAUCAUAGUUAAAUGUUCUGAGCAGGUGAUUUGGUCUUCGACAUGGUACAUUGAUUUGGUUAGACUUGUGUUGAAGCUGCUUGAGAUCGACCCCAAUUUGGUACAAUUGUGCUGUUGCUAUGCUGAGGAUGCUGACCAUUUUACCUCUCAUCCGGGCUUGUCGCAUAUCACCUUCAUUGGCUCUAAACCUGUGGCCCAUAAAGUUGUAGAAAGUGCUUCAAAGGAGCUUACCCCAGUAGUUGUGGAGCUUGGUGGAAAAGAUUCGCUUAUUGUUUUGGAUGAUGUCAAGGAUAUCGAGUCAUUGUCAUCUGUGAUAUUGAGAGGAACUUUCCAGAGCGCAGGUCAGAACUGUAUUGGUGUCGAAAGAGUAAUUUGUCUUCCAAAGUCGUACGAGAAAUUGGUUGAGAUUUUCACCGAGAGAAUCAAGGAGUUCCGCUUGGGCUCCGAUAUCGACCAGCUAGACGAAAUCGACAUGGGUGCAAUGAUUUCAGACAAUAGAUUUAAACAAUUAGAAGCAUUGGUGGAAGAUGCUGUCAGUAAAGGAGCGAGACUAAUACAUGGUGGGAAACCAUACCAGCAUCCGAACUAUCCUCAGGGCCACUACUUCGAACCUACGUUGAUUGUGGACGUAGAUCCCAGCAUGAGAAUCUUCCAAGAAGAAGUGUUUGGACCAGUUCUCACCAUGAUCAAAGCCAAUGACGUAGACGAUGCCGUCAACUUGGCUAACGGAACCGAAUAUGGAUUGGGUAACUCUGUCUUUGGCAGCAACUUCAGGCAAAUCAACGAGAUUGCUAACAGACUUGAUAGUGGCAAUGUUGCCAUAAAUGACUUUGCCACUUUCUAUGUAGCACAGCUUCCAUUUGGAGGAAUCAAGAAGUCCGGCUAUGGUAAGUUUGGAGGAGAAGAAGGUCUCUUGGGCUUAUGUGUAGCUAAGUCUGUUGUAAUGGAUAAGCCAAUCAUGAGACUAUUUGGAGUAGCAACAAGCAUUCCACCUCCAAUUGAUUAUCCUAUUAAGGAUGACAAGAGGGCAUGGAAAUUUGUCCUGAGCUUGAACACUGCUGGUUACGAUACCAGAGUGUGGAACAUCAUCAAAGCAUUCAAAAAACUCGCAAAGGGGGGAGCAUGAUAAAGUAAGGAAUACUAUAUUUUGAUUCAUAAAUACUUAUACACCACAAAAACUUCAUAAUAGAUAGAUACAUGGUAAAUUGUUAUAGAUACCUAUAAAAAAGAUCGUACAG